CGGCACCGCCCUCCCUCCUCGCGGUCCUCUCCUCCCAGUCUCCCCCGCGCUUCCUGCACUAAGGUAGUUGCCGCCGAGUCCCCUUCGCCGGCUCGCCCGCCCUGGUGGUGCCAUGGCGGCCUUCAGCAAGUACUUGACGGCGCGGAACUCCUCGCUGGCGGGGGCCGCAUUCCUGCUGCUCUGCCUGCUCCACAAGCGGCGCCGCGCCCUCGGCCUGCACGGUAAGAAAAGUGGAAAACCACCAUUACAGAACAAUGAGAAAGAAGGGAAAAAAGAGCGAGCUGUGGUGGACAGGGUGUUUUUAUCAAGGCUCACACAGAUCCUGAAAAUCAUGGUCCCUAGGACAUUUUGUAAAGAGACAGGAUACUUGAUACUUAUUGCUGUUAUGCUGGUGUCUCGAACAUAUUGUGAUGUUUGGAUGAUUCAAAAUGGGACACUCAUUGAAAGUGGUAUCAUUGGUCGUAGCAGAAAAGAUUUCAAGAGGUACUUAUUCAACUUCAUCGCUGCCAUGCCUCUCAUCUCUCUGGUUAAUAACUUCUUGAAAUAUGGGUUAAAUGAGCUCAAACUGUGCUUCCGAGUAAGGCUCACCAGAUACCUCUAUGAGGAGUAUCUCCAAACUUUCACAUAUUAUAAAAUGGGAAAUCUGGACAACAGAAUAGCUAAUCCAGACCAGCUACUUACACAGGAUGUAGAAAAAUUUUGUAACAGUGUAGUUGAUCUGUAUUCAAAUCUUAUUAAGCCAUUUUUAGAUAUAGUUUUAUAUAUUUUCAAGUUAACAAGUGCAAUUGGAGCUGAGGGCCCAGCAAGCAUGAUGGCCUACUUGGUUGUGUCUGGGCUAUUCCUAACUAGACUGAGAAGGCCCAUUGGUAAGAUGACAAUUACUGAACAAAAGUAUGAAGGUGAAUAUAGAUAUGUUAAUUCCCGGCUCAUUACAAACAGUGAAGAAAUUGCCUUUUACAACGGGAAUAAAAGAGAAAAGCAGACAAUCUACUCAGUCUUCCGGAAACUGGUGGAACACCUACACAAUUUCAUUUUGUUUCGGUUUUCAAUGGGCUUCAUUGAUAGCAUAAUUGCCAAAUACAUUGCCACUGUAGUUGGUUACCUGGUUGUGAGUCGUCCUUUCCUAGAUUUAUCUCAUCCUCGUCAUCUCAAGAGUACGCAUUCAGAGCUUCUGGAGGAUUACUACCAAAGUGGAAGGAUGCUUUUGCGAAUGUCUCAAGCUCUGGGUCGAAUAGUUUUGGCUGGGCGAGAAAUGACUAGAUUGGCUGGUUUUACUGCCCGGAUUACAGAAUUAAUGCAAGUACUGAAGGAUUUAAAUCAUGGCAAAUAUGAACGCACAAUGGUCUUGCAGCAGGAAAAGGGUACUGAAGGAGUACAAGUCAGUACCUUGAUACCUGGUACUGGAGAAAUCAUCAUUGCAGAUAACAUUAUAAAGUUUGAUCAUGUUCCUUUAGCAACACCAAAUGGAGAUAUCUUAAUCCGAGAUCUUAAUUUUGAAGUUCGAUCUGGGGCCAAUGUUCUAAUUUGUGGUCCAAAUGGCUGUGGAAAGAGUUCACUCUUUCGUGUUCUUGGUGAAUUAUGGCCUCUUUUUGGAGGACGUCUAACUAAGCCAGAGAGAGGAAAGUUAUUUUAUGUUCCUCAGAGACCUUAUAUGACUCUUGGAACGCUUCGAGACCAAGUGAUAUAUCCAGAUGGAAGAGAAGAUCAGAAAAAGAAGGGGAUAUCUGAUCUUGUACUGAAGGAGUACCUGGACAAUGUACAGUUGGGUCAUAUCCUUGAACGGGAAGGAGGCUGGGACAGCAUUCAGGAUUGGAUGGAUGUGCUUAGUGGAGGAGAAAAACAGAGAAUGGCAAUGGCAAGAUUAUUUUAUCAUAAACCCCAGUUUGCCAUUUUGGAUGAAUGCACAAGUGCAGUCAGUGUGGAUGUGGAAGGCUACAUUUACAGUCAUUGUCGGAAGGUUGGCAUUACGCUCUUCACUGUGUCACACAGAAAAUCUCUUUGGAAACACCAUGAGUACUACCUACAUAUGGAUGGCAGAGGCAAUUAUGAAUUCAAACAGAUCACAGAAGAUACAGUUGAGUUUGGCUCUUAGAGAAAUCCGGAGUAACUGUACCUGCUUCAAUGAAAUCAAAUAAUUACAGAAUACUCUUAGAAAUACAAAGUGCAUUGUAAAAUAAAGUUGAGCUUGUUUUUUUUUUUU